GGGCCGGAGCCGAGCCGGGUGUGUGUGGGGGUGCGUGUGGUGUGUGGCGUGAGCGGGAGCGUGUGUGAGGGAGAGCGGGCGGCGGGAAGCGAGUGCGAGGGGCCGAGUCGAGCCGAGCCGCCGCGAUGAACACGGUUCUGUCGCGGGCGAACUCUCUGUUCGCGUUUUCGCUGAGCGUGAUGGCGGCGCUGACCUUCGGCUGCUUCAUCACCACCGCCUUCAAAGACAGAAGCGUCCCGGUCCGGCUGCACGUCUCCCGAAUCAUGCUAAAAAAUGUAGAAGACUUCACAGGACCUAGAGAACGGAGUGAUCUGGGAUUCAUUACAUUUGAUGUAACUGCUGAUCUAGAGAAUAUAUUUGAUUGGAAUGUAAAGCAGUUGUUUCUAUAUUUAUCAGCAGAGUAUUCAACAAAAAAUAACGCUCUGAACCAGGUUGUCCUUUGGGACAAGAUCAUUCUGAGAGGCGAUAAUCCGAAGCUGCUGCUGAAAGAUAUGAAAUCAAAAUAUUUUUUCUUUGACGAUGGAAAUGGUCUCAAGGGAAACAGGAAUGUUACUUUAACCCUCUCUUGGAAUGUUGUACCAAAUGCUGGAAUUCUACCUCUUGUGACAGGAUCAGGACAUGUCUCUAUUCCAUUCCCAGAUACAUAUGAAAUAACAAAGAGUUAUUAAAUUAUUAUUCUGAAUUUGAGCAACAUAUUUUUAUACUUAAUGAAUUUUAUCUCAUUUGCCCCAUCCUUUUCCCUUUUCCUACUCCCUCUCCUCUUUUGUCCUGAAAGCAAGAGAUACUUGCUUUUGGUUGUAACUUUUACAAAAAAUUAGGUUUAUUUUGGUUUUUGUUUUUUUACAAGAGCCAACAUUGAAAACAGAACUGAAAGGAAAGGUAAAUGGGUGACAAUUUUUUUUUUUUAAAUUGGCCACCUGAAUGAAGUAUUACCUUUCUUAUUAAUAAAAGUUGAAAAACCCUCAAAUAGUCUUGAUUUUUAAAAUAUCUAUUUGAAGUAUUCUCUGCAUUUCCAUUAUUCUUAUGGAAUAUAAAGUGAAGAGCAUGAAGGGUAGUUAAAACUUCCAGGUGCCUGUAGAGUCAUAAGAACUCUGUAUUAUAUGCCUUCCAUUCAUGCAAAUAAGCAUUUGAUGUGAUUCAAAUGUAGACAUCCUCUUGUAUCUUUUCUGAGUAUGUCUGAUAACUGGCAAAAUACUGUCAUAUAUCGUUAUAUAUUAGAAGUCUGGUUUACAAAAUAGCUAAAAGUGACUCAGUGUCACUUAGGAAUGCCCAUAUUUCUUUUUUUACAUACAGGUAACUAGCAAUUUUCUCCACUUAAAGGCUAAAUACCUCUAUAUGCUGUAAACCAGUCUGUAACAAAACUUUUUAAAGCCUCUUAAGUGAACCAAAUGUGUGUCUUUUAAGUGCUUUUUUUUUUUUAACUUUCCUUCCUGUGAUAUCUUUAUAUAACUUCUUAGCAUUGUCACUGAGAGUUGAAGAUUUCAGCAUGGUUUGCCCCCCUUUAUAAAAAGUCUAUCCUGGUGAGCAUGCCUAGUGUCAUUGAAGGGGGAUUAUUUAAAAGCUUCCACCAGUCUACACUUUGAUACUAAUGGUAUGAAAAUAGUACCAGCUUGCCACAGCUUACAGGCCAGUCUACAGAGCCAUAUCUGGUCAUCGUGUUUGUUACUCUGGAUGCCUUCUGCUCUGCUUUGUAAAUGUUAGGUCAUCUGUUGAGAGGGAAGGAGUAGAUGUUAUCCUGAGAACCCAUCCAUGGCAUUUAUUUAAUGGCAUCUUAAACAUUUUUGUAAUGUGGAAAUUAAGAGCUAGAAGGGACCUCACAGGUAUAAACUAAUUCAUUUGCAUGCUCAAUUAUAAACAGACUGCAAUUGGCCAUACUUGGCAUACAUACUCACCCUCAUUUAGUGCAUAUCAAAUAGAGAGAUAGCAGGUAACAAAUUUGUAGUUGGCAUUAAACUUUUUUAUAAAUUGGCCUUAAAAGUGGCAAAUAGGAAACCAGAGAUAAACUUACCUUCAAGAGCACGUUUAACAUGGUGAUUGCAUAAUUGGGAACAAUUAAGUGACUAAUCUUUGUUAAGAAUUAAGAUUACCUAACAAAAAUUAUAUUUGAUCUUUUUUCAUAACUUUACCAUUUUUUAUAAACGCAAAUUUAAUAAGUGAGUUGCUAUUAUAAUUAAUAUUGUAACCUGUUUAUAAAUUCUAGUCUUGGACUUAUUGAUUUCAUCAGGAUUGAAUUUCACUUCUCUAAGCUUCAAGGGAAAGGAAAUAAGGUAAAUGUUUCAGUUGGGAGGUUCCUUUUAGCACAAGGGAUACUGCUUAAAACUUAGCCCAUGGGUUGAAGAGGAACACUAAUAUUAGGAAGGAUAACCUACUUUGAUCCAGCUUUCCCUUAUCCAGUACAAAGUAAUUUUCUCUUGGAUUCUCCAGACCUUGCAAAUUUAAAUCCCUUUAGCUAAUGUGGACUAAUACCAACUUGGAAAUUUGGAACCUAGCAGACACUGAAACUACUAUAAUUGAGCUUGAAGGAUAAGGGCAUGGCUUGGUCUUAGAAGGAAAGCAGUGGUGUAUGACAAACCUACUGUUUAGCCAAUACCUUAUCUGAGCUACUGGAUAAUAGCUAAAGUUAAAGAUGGCAUAAUCGAUUACAAGACCUCUAUUCACAUUGGAUGAGUUUGAUGGAGAUGAAAACUAAGAUUUGUCUGAUGCUCUUUAAUUGUUUACUUGAUGUGUAAUUAGAAACAAAGAAUAGUAACACCUCAUUUAACGUGGAUAGUCUGAUCAUGGAGCAGUUUGGUUAACUGAUUAGUAGUCUAAUUGUGCAGUGAAUUUGCUUAGGGCAAGGAUAUUCCAGUUUCUGAAUAAGGGGCCUGUACCCCAGGAACGUUUCUGAGGGUGCACAAUUCUAUUGGUUAAUCAGUGCUUAGCUGCCAGAUCAACUUUAGUGACAGAAUUAUCUUUGGAAGAAGUUUCAUAAUAAAAUCAACAUAAACUUGCCACUGACUUAUAAGUAGAAGUGCACACAAAGUCCAUAAAUGUAUCAGAAGUGCAUGAGAAAAAGCUUUGAAAAAUAAAGUUUGAAUCAAAAAGUCCUGAAAAAAUUGUGGGCAAUUGGAAGGCACUUAGUAUAGUAAUCCUGGUUAAAAAGUCUGUAAAAACCUAAGGCUUAAGAUUGCCUCGGUUUUAGUUAACAGUAGGUUAAAAGUUAAAUCCAUGUUUCCUUUUGGUCAAAAUUGCAGUUUCUGUACUGGCGGCACUGGGUUAAAAUACUAGAAUACUUUAGAAGUUCUUGGGAGAAAAUAGUUAAACAAAAUUUCAUCAAACUCUAAAUUGCAUCCUCCAAUAACAAACAUUUUACUAUACAUGCUUUGGAUCUAUCUGUUCUGCAGACAGGUCUGAAUUAGGUUCCUUUGGUUUGUGGCCCUAGAGAAUUAGAAUUAUCACAGUAAUUAAAGUGGCUCAACCAGAAGAUUGCAGUCAGGUACAUAUAGAUGCAAACCUUGAGUCACAGGUGGAAGCUGUAUAGCUUUCUGCCUGGAACUUCUGGGUAACAUAUGAUGCAGUUUGCUUGAGGGUUCCAGUCCCUGGUGUGGGUGCUAGUUAACCAGGUUGUUACUGUGUGUUAGUUUGAAAUGAAGUGAAAUUCUUGGUGUUGUGAAAAGCCAUAAGCUGUGAACUUUGGUAAUGUUGGUAGUAACCAGACUUAUGCCCAUACAUUUCCAAUGCUUUCCUUGCUUUAGCAGAGACUGUUUACAUGAUAACAUGAAGCAAUUUUUGUUGUGACUGCCAAUGGCUUAGAGACAACUGUUUAAAAAAAAAAAAAGUUGCAUAUUUUUAAUGCAGUUUGGGCAA